AUGAUGAUUCAUCCAUUUUUCUCAUUUAUAGUAUCAAAGAAUUUCUUCCAUCCCAGUGUUCUUCUUCUAACUGGUUCCAUUAUUAUCAUUGUUUUUUGUGUAACAAUGCUCUUUAUUCUCGCCACAUCUACGAUUUUUCUCGCUUUCUAUUUGACGUUUAAACGUAUCAUUCAACCGAUAUUUAUAAGUCAUACCCUUGACCGUGAUCUCGAAAUGUUUUAUGGAUCGAGAUUUAGUUUCCAGGAAGACUUAGAAUCAAUGGGAGAAAUAUUUAACGAAUAUCCGUGCGUUGUGAAGGAUAAAAAAGCACAUACGCAAUCGAUCGACAAGCUGUUCCCGUCUAUAAAAUUUGACGAGAAUGAAAUGAGAUCGAAGUAUGAAGAUUGUUCAAUUUGCUUGGAAGAUUACAAGAAUGGAGAAGCAUGUAGAAUUUUUCCAUUAUGCAAUCACAUAUUUCAUUUGAAAUGUAUAGAUAUUUGGUUGGAAAACAACCUAACAUGUCCAAUUUGUCGUAAAACUAUUUUAGAUGUAUAG